ACGUUCGAGUCGUCAUAUUACGAUAAUUUAUGACGACAGCACAAUGUCAAGAUUUAAUUGCAAGAUCAUCACAAAAGUAUCUACAAAAGACGUACGAUAAUCCAAGUUCCAGUUAUCGAUGAGAUAUUUCGUGAUUUGGUUGCUGCCGGGAAGGGAGAGCUAAUAAAAUCGCAAGUGAACCUCAGUUUUCUCGUCAGUGUUCAUUCCAACACGCACAUACAUUGCAACAAGGUCAUCCAGUGAUUCCAGUCAAUAAUCGCGAAUUGAAAGUAAAAUAGGUGAAAUGGAAGCUUUUUCGAAAGUUCUCUUUCGUUCCUGCAGACUCCAGAAGAAUCACCAGUGGAGGACAAUCACUUCUCAAGAAGUUUUUACACGUGAAGACAAAUAUGGUGCCCAUAAUUAUCAUCCACUACCUGUUGCUAUCAAUCGAGCUGAGGGUGUCCACAUGUGGGAUGUCGAUGGCAAACGGUAUUACGAUUUUUUGAGUGCAUAUUCUGCAGUCAAUCAGGGACACUGUCAUCCCAGGAUAUACAAUGCAAUGUUGCAACAAGCUAAAGUACUCACAUUGACAUCCAGGGCUUUUUAUUCCGACGUACUUGGAGAGUUUGAGGAAUAUGUCACUAAAUUGUUUGGAUAUGAUAAAUGGUUGCCAAUGAAUACGGGGGUAGAAGGUGGGGAAACUGCUUGUAAAUUGGCGAGAAAAUGGGGCUACAAUGUGAAAAAUAUUCCCAAUAAUUCAGCUAAAAUUAUUUUUGCCGAGGGAAAUUUCUGGGGAAGAACAUUGAGUGCUGUAUCAUCGAGUACCGAUCCCACUAGUUACGCGGGAUUUGGGCCCUUCAUGCCGGGGUUUGAAUUAAUACCUUACGAUGAUUUGGUGUCUCUUGAAAAAAAACUUCAGGAUCCGAAUGUAUGUGCUUUCAUGGUGGAACCGAUUCAAGGAGAAGCUGGUGUAGUUGUUCCAAAGGACGGCUAUUUAAAGGCUGUACGAGAGCUCUGCACGAAGCACAAUGUUCUUUGGAUAGCUGAUGAAGUACAGACUGGUCUGUCCAGGACAGGAAAACGAUUAGCUGUAGAUUACGAGAACGUUAAACCCGAUAUUUUAAUCCUGGGUAAAGCCCUGUCCGGAGGUUUCUAUCCAGUGUCUGGAGUUCUUGCAAACGACUCAGUAAUGCUGUGCAUCAAGCCUGGAGAGCAUGGAUCCACUUAUGGAGGUAAUCCUCUGGGUUGUCGAAUAGCUAUGGAAGCCCUGAAGGUCCUGGAGGAAGAAAAAUUAGCGGAUAAUGCGUACAGAUUGGGUCAACUCCUCAGAGACGAGCUCAAUAAAUUGCCCAAGGAUGUGGUUACCCUGGUACGGGGAAAAGGCUUGCUCAAUGCAAUUGUUAUUAAUAAAAAAAUUGAUGCCAUGGAGAUUUGUGUUAAACUGAGGGAUCAGGGACUUCUUGCUAAACCAACGCAUGGUCACAUCAUCCGUUUAGCACCACCACUUGUUAUUACUCAGCCACAGAUACUUGAAGCCACUGAAAUUAUUUCGAAAGUUAUUCUCAGGAAUACAUUUUUAAAUUACAAAAUGCGGUUUAUAAAUCGAGGUAUACAUUCUAGAAUUCAUGACUCCAGAGUACUGAGGCGUUUAAUUAGCACACACCAGGAGGAUGUGAUAAAAAAGGAUCAGCAUUACGGUGGACAUCACUUCAAACCUCUACCAGUUGUUAUAGAAAAAGGUGAUGGUGUCUAUUUGUGGGACGUCGAUGGGAAAAAGUAUCUCGACUUUUUGUCUGGAUUUUCAACUGUUAAUCAGGGAAAUUGUCAUCCUAGGCUGGUGAAAGUUAUGAGAGAGCAAUGUGGAAAGCUCCAUCACACGUCAAGAGCUUUUUUUACGUCUCUGCAUGGAGAAUUGGCUGAAUAUUUAACGAAAUUAUUGGGAUUUGACAGAUUCAUCCCAAUGAAUACAGGUGUCGAAGGUGGGGAUUUAUCCAUAAAAUUAGCAAGACACUGGGGCUACAAAAUCAAGAAAAUACCGGAAUGCAAAGCAACUGUACUUUUCGCUGAUAAUAAUUUCUGGGGAAGAUCGCUAGCUGCUAUUUCAGCAUCAACUGAACCGAUGAAUUAUCAAGAUUUCGGGCCACUAAUGCCGAAUUUUGAAAAAAUUCCGUUUGAUGAUCUCAACGUUCUCGAGGAGAAAUUGAAAGAAAAUCCGAAUAUCUGUGCGUAUAUGAUGGAACCGAUUCAGGGGGAAGCCGGUGUUUAUAUACCCAAAGAUGGCUAUCUCAAAGGUGUACGUCAAUUAUGUACCAAGUACAAUGUUCUUUGGAUUGCUGACGAAGUGCAAACAGGUCUUGGGAGAACUGGAUAUCGACUUGCUGUUGAUUACGAACACCAGAAGCCAGAUAUUUUGGUUUUGGGGAAAGCACUUUCUGGUGGGAUGUACCCAGUCUCUGGAGUUCUCGCCAGUAAUGAGAUAAUACUGACCUUGAAACCUGGGACCCAUGGAAGUACCUUCGGGGGUUCCCCCCUGGCCUGUGCAAUAGCCCUGGAGGCAGUCCGGAUCCUGGAAGAAGAGAAACUAGCAGAAAAUGCAAAAAGACUAGGAAAUAUUGUGAGAGAGGAACUCACGAAGUUGCCAGGGGAUAUAGCAACUGAAUUCCGGGGUCGAGGACUCCUUUGUGGUCUGAUGAUCAACAAGGACUUCGCCGAAGGCUGGCAGGUCUGCUUGAGACUGAGAGACGCUGGACUCCUGUCCAGGCCAGCUCACGGUCAACUCCUCAGAAUUUCUCCACCUCUAACUAUCAACGAGGUACAGCUGAGGGAAGGCCUCGAUAUAAUUAAAAAUACUCUCUUGAAGUAUUGAAAGCGAUAAUCAUCUCUGUGCACUCCUUGAAACCAUUUUUACAUUAGAAUCCAUAAAAAUAAUAAUUUUACUAUAAUUUAUAAAUAAAAUAAAGCGAAUUAAACCGAA